AUGAAUAAGUUCAGCCUGUUUAUUAAUAUUAUCACAAUUAUCCUUGCAAAUAACUCGUGGAGUUAUUCUAACAAGUCAGCUGUUUUCAUUGCGGAUUCAUGGGGAAAGAACAACCAAGUUAAUAUAUCAGAUAUUAGAGCUAUUCGAUCUCUUGGUGAACAUGAAACGUGUGGAGAAACGGAAGGGGUAAAGAAAUCCCAUGCAAAUGAUGAAGAACAUUAUGAUGAAGAUCGAUAUAAUGCAUUGACCCAAGAUUACUUUGACAUGAUGGAGGAUGACAUCAAUAAUAACAAAAAAUCCAGACUAACACUAUGUGAAAUGAUUAACAAUGUAGAUCCUAAAGCUCAAUUAAAUUAUUAUCUGGGUAAUAUGAAAUAUGAUGAUUUUUGUCCAUUCAGUUCACGAUGUAGAAAUGAUCUAUAUGCAGGCAUUAAACGCGUCUUCAGAACCAUUGAUAAAAUGGUAGACAGAGAAAUGUACAAUAUAUUAAAAUCGAAAUAUUAUGUUAAAAAAAAUAACCUAUUUGCACAAGAUAAAAGUAUGACAAGGAUGAUUACACAAUUUCUAUUUAAGUAUAAAAUAUUCUCCCCAGUUUUGGUACUUGCAUUCUUGUCAAUCAUUUCCAUAAAGAGCGUUGCAGGAACAGCAUUUUCUACCUUCGCGGCAGUAGUAGGUGGUCUCAUAUCAGUGUAUCUUAUUUGGAAGUACUUAAAGUGCUCCAAAAAAUUUAAAAGACUCCCUGAACAUUUCUCAGAGCUAUCCCCAAAAGAAUUCCAACAACAACUUGAGCGCAAACUAGAUAACAAACAAGAAAGCAUUUUUAAUUCCACAGAAAGCGUAGAUGACUCAACAAAUGAUUUACAAAUGUCUUAA